AGCGGCCGACUGCAGAGAAGAACUUCCGUGUGCCGCUGCGGUGAGGUGUCUGGAGAGGUGGCGGGAGAUUGAAGUAACUCCGCGAAUAUAUGAGGCGAGGGGGGUGCGCAAAGGUAAACGUCUGUGGCCACCGCCCCACGAGGAUGGACCCUUUGGAUUUUCUAACGGACGAGGAACUGUUGCGGUUUUUCCGCUGUAAGAAGACUGAGAUGUCGUGCAUCGAGCAGCCCCGUACUUUUCUCAACCAGUUACGGGACCACAACCUGGUUCCAGAGGACAUUUAUAAGAAAGUUAUCAGAAUGAAGAGCAGGCAGCAGAGGGAGAGGGGUGUGUACCAGGUGCUGGACUGGCUGGAGACGGAGCGCCCCCACUGUAUCAAGGUCUUCUGGAAUUGCGUGUUCGCAGACCACAUCAUGCAGCUGUACCCAGCUCUCCGCCUACUGCGAAACAGCCUGCAGGAUGGGUCUUUCUCCUUCAUUGAAAAUCUGCCGGAGAAGGAAGAAACAUCGGGGAACAAUAAGGAGGAGGACAAAGAGAAGGAGGUCAAGAAGAAGUUAGUGGAAAAGAGGGGAAAGAAGAGAAAAAAGAGUGUUGAGGAAGAGGAGGAGGAGGAAGCAGGUCCAUCCUCCCCUUGCACACCCAAACAGAGGACAAACCAACUGAAACACUCUUUCAGUUCUCCGCUCGGGAAGGGGGAGAAGGACGACAUUUGGAGCUGGCCGUUCUAUAAGACACAGCUUCCUGUCACCUGCGGAGACAAGGAGGGCAGCCUUAACCGAGACAAGCUGGCCAGAGGGGAGAAGUGUAUCCUGGCAGAGGGGCGCUGGUUCAGCCCUCAGGGAUUUGAGGAGUUUGGGGGGAGAAAGAGCAGCAAGAACUGGAAAAUUAGCAUCCGCUGUCGGAGCACCCCCCUGCACAAGCUGAUCCAGGAGGGUCAUUUGAAAUGUCCAACCUUUAACCGCCGUCAGAGGGCUGCCACUCAGAGUGAAGAGCGUGAGCUCCAGUCAACAUGCAGCAGUCACUCGGGAUCUCCCGUCAGUGAGAAAUCACAGUCUGCAGAGAGAAGGAGGAAGUUAUUUCCUUCCAAUAGAUGUGAAAGCGCCAUCUCUGUAUCAGACGCAGACUCUGAAAGAGGUGAAGAAGAAGAAGACGACGAUGAAGAGGAGGAAGAGAAAGAAAAUGGUGAAAAAGAACAGGAAGAUGAUGAUGAUGAUGAUGAUGAUGGAGGUGAAGAGAGGCGUGAUGAUGUAGAUCUGUCAAGAUUUGGUGGCCCCCGUCUUCCUGUCACAUGCGGGUCAGCCGAAGGAAUUCUGAAGAAAGAUCGUUUUGCGUCAGGGACCUUGGGGAAGUGCAUCCGGACUGCGGACAGGUGGCUGACCCCAGCCGAAUUUGUAAAGGAGGACCCGGCAUUUGCUGACAGCUUCUGGAAGAGGAGCAUCCUGUGUGAGGGAGAGCCCCUCAGCUUUCUCAUCGAGAGGAAGGUCCUGCGCCCACACUCACUCCUGUGUAAGUGCCCAUCCUGCAGCGGGCAAGAGGAACACCUGCUGGAGCAGCAGAAUGAUGAUGACUGCUUUGUGUGUGGCGGUCCAGGGAGCCUGGUGUGCUGUGACGAGUGUCCCCGCGCCUUCCACUCCGCCUGCCACCUGCCCCCUGUGGACGAGAGCUUACUGGGGCCAGAGUGGCUGUGUACAUACUGUGUGAUGACGGCGAGCCAGGGGUGGUGGUAUGAGUCUGGCAGGACUCUCUCGCAGGCUCUGAGCAGGCGCAUCUCGGACUUCAUGCUGCAAUGCCAGCUCCUCCUGCUCCAGCUUUACAAUUCUGACAAGGAGCGUGUCUUUUCUCUCAACCCCUGCCUCACGGUGACGGGAUACAGGAACUUCAUUAAAAACCCCAUGUGGUUCGAAAAAGUUUCGGAGAAGCUGCAGAACGGGCACUACUCGACCGUGCGCGAGUUUUUCGCAGACAUCCUUCUCAUUUUUGACAACUGUGCCACGUUCAACAAGAACAAUGAGUUUGGAGAAAUGGGUGCCAGGCUCAAGCAACUAUUUGACCGGGAAUUUCGCAGGAUCUUCAGGGUACAGCAGUGACUCUCCGCAAGGUUACUUUUUACAGCAUUCACAAAGAUGGUCUAACAGUCGAGCAUGUUAUUGCUAAUUUCAGGUGUCACAUAUCUCAUUUGAAGGCUUCAAGUACACAGAACUGGAGUGUCGAAUCACUUUCAGACAGAAGGCCUGGUAAGGUGGAUUGUCUCCCCUUGGGCCACAGCACAAAAAGACGAAUUGAAAUAUUUGCACAAAAAUGACAUGAUGGUGACAUUCCAAAGAAAAAUUACAGAAAUCAGAAUUUGUUCAAUGACAGUCCAUUCUGUGGCACUGUAUUUCACACGUGUCACUGGUGUUCGGAGGGCCCCAUGACCCAGUUUACUGGUUUCCUGAAGACAAUUUGAUUGUUACUUACCCACCUUGGAUAUAUUAUAAAGUAUUUCAUUUUCAUUUAAAUGAACUAACAGGAUCACUGAUGCCUUGGCUGUGGUCUCACACUAUGGUCUAGACCGGUGUGUGUGUGUUUGUGUGUAUGUGCAUAUACAUUCAUUACUUCUUUCAACAUACAAAACUGUUCAUUGACACAUUACGAUUAUUCAGAUAAAAGCCAAGUUCCAGCAACAUAAAAGUGUUAGCAGACCAGUUUCAGUAUGCAGUGAUAUGUAACUUAAGUUUGUGAAAGAUGAGAAACUUCUCAGAAAGAAACAUAAUGUACAGCGAUCAAUGGGCCUAAGUGGGCUGUAUUCUUCAUUAAGUGUAUGCGGCAUGUCAGCAAGUCAGAACUUGGAUUCUUUCAUCCUACACUCACUCCUGAGAAGUAAAAUGAUGCCAAUGCAUUAUGGUGUACCUCAAAGUGUAUGCCCCGGGAGUAAAU